AUGACGGAGCGUCAGGCGACUGUCAUCCGCAUACUCGUCGAUCCAGCAGCAGCAGCAUCAUCUGAGUUCGGUGGCCGAGUUCUCCUCACAGGCGAGGCAUGUAUCAGGCUUGCAACAGAUGAGCAUUCUAAUAUAAAGGCCCACGAUGAGCUCGUAGGAGAUAGUGUAAUACUGUCCCGAGGUGGGGUAGAAUUGAUAAGACCCGAUGAGAAAAUUUCCCCUAGCCCCAGCGAGUUCUUCAGUGACGGGUCAGAGCAAGAGUUCGAUCUGCUAGUUGACAAUUCUGGCUCGAGUAGCUCUCGUGGAAGCGCGACUGAUGUGAACUACGUGACAAUUGAUCGCAACACUGGAUACGUCCAGGCUCGAAAGAAUAUAUUUUCCCCUGUGGUUUGUGAGGGUCAGCCUCGUACGUCUCCUGAGGUCGUCGAAAGGGUCCUCGCUGAGUCGGGCGAGAUGGGUAGGCUAUGGCUACUCAGUUUCAGCGAAGCGAAUCAUGCCCGAGUUUGUGCGGAGCUGCGUCGAAUUUUUGGUGUUUCUGGUGCGGUCCCCAUCGCGGAAAUGGCCUUCCUCGGGACUAUCUCGAAUCUCCUGACCGGAACUAGAGUAACUCAUGAUGUGUUUGAGCUCAUUUUUGCAAAGGUAGAGGCACGGCGGGUGAUUUCGCCGAUGCUCGCCGAAAGGAUUUUUAAAAUGGCGACGAAGGAGAGUUGGUAUACGGUGGUAGCGUUGGUGGCACCUCUGCUCGGCCGCGAGUUGGACGAAUCAGAACAGAUGGCAAUUUUGAGUUCGGUGCAGGAGGCUGAUGACCUUGAGCUCCUCACUUUAUCGCUUCCCAUGUCGCCGGAAAUUCAGUGUGAAUGUGCAGAAAAGUUGCUUGGGGGUAUCAAAGGCGAACCUUCGGCGAAGCUGAUCGGCAGAGUUUGUGAGGGGAAUAUGACCAGCUGUAGUCUCUUGUUGGAAACUCACACGAGGCUUGUCACGCCCUGUCUGAAAGACGUCGUUCGACAGGGUACGGUGGCGAUCCCUACUAAAUUGGGCAGGACAGUGUAUAUGAUGGGGUUAAAGAACCACUCGGCUGCCAUUGAGCUGUGUAGGGUCUCUGGUAGUCUUCUCAAUGAGGUUUUGAAAAUCAUUUACGUGGAGCGUAAGGUCGAGGUAAGGAAUGCCGGGAUGGGCGGUAUGCUCACCGCGAGUCGAUCCGGCGACCUUUUGAUGGCUAUCGUAACGGACUGUCUCCCUGAGCUAUCCGAUCAGUUGUUGGACCGGACUGAUAUCUCUGCGACAGUAGUGUCUAUGAUGUCCGACUUGGUUGAACCUCUUGAUAUUGUCCACGACGUGAACCUCAAGCGUUGCCUCGAAGCUUCCAUCGAUCUUUGCUCGGAACAGCUCGCGCACUGGAGAGCUCUUUCCCGGGCAUCUCAUCCUGCUGCUGCUGCUGCUGCCCAAGAAGGUCGAAGAUCUGUGCCGGUCUUGCUCGCCGAAGCCGGCUUGGCCGACCUCGCCAUUUUGUUUCUAAAAAGCGGACCCGUGAGAAGAAGCUCCGUCGAAGGCGCUCUGAAUACAAUUAACUGUCUGUUUACGGAGCUUCCACCAGCAGCAGUUUUCGCGUUGCAACAGGAGUCUCUCCCGAAGGAGGUCGAGAGCCUGGCCGGUGACGCCAUUCGGAGGUAUCCGAAAGCCAUAGUUGAACAUGGAGACCCGAAUGUGCUGGUCCUAGCAGUGGAUGCAUCGGUGAAGCGGAAGCUGCAGGGAGCUUUGCAAAGUUUGCUGCGUGAGAUGCCUUCAAGGGUUAAAGAGUUACUCGAGACUAGCAGCGACAGAACUGAUGCGGUUCGUAUGAUGUGCGAGGCAGUUCUAUGCGAUCCCACGCCACAUUUGGUGGGGAUGCUGAGGAAAAUGGGCGAGAGUUCGGAGGAUUUUGGUAAGACGAUAAGGGUGUGUGAGAUGCAGCCCGGGCUGAAACCUGUGUAA